UCUUCUAACUCCUGACUGCUUUGUCAGACAAAAUGGCGGAUUCAGCGUUCCAAUUGGUUAGAUCGCUUGUCAAUCAAACUCCCGUCGAAGGGUCAAUUGCUACUCAAAACUAGCCCAAUGGCGUUUCAAGGGGCCUCCCGGUAAAAAUCAAGUUCCAGAGGGUAAAUUUCGCAUUUUUGGUGGGGUUCCCCAGGUAAAAUAUGAUAUUCAGAGACUAAAUAUCAUGUUAUUUGGAUUCGUUUCAACCCACUGACAUGAAAAACACUGACUUGGCAACACUGAUGUACAUGCGAGUGAAAGGCUUCUCAAACAAGAACAAAUGUAGGGCGGGGCUUGAUUUUGUCCAUGGGGAACUGAUUGGAUGAUUAGACGGUUGUGGUUUGCUAUUGGUCGAUCUCAUGUGAGUGAGGUUGUCCCGCCAUCGCGGGUAAAGAUUACGAGGCACAUUAAUUUAAAAAAAUAAUAAUAAUAAUGAUGUGUACGGAUAAAUAAUUUAUAAUAAAUACUGCCAUUUUAAAUAUAUGCAAUAUAAAAAAAAAUAAGAAACGUCAAUUUUGAUUUUAUUCAUUCAAAACAGAAUUUUCUUUAUUUAGGAUCAUUAAAAUAGACAUUUACAUAUAUCUGACUGAAAGUGCCAGUGUGUGCGUUCAACUUCGUAAUUCAUUCCCCAUUUUGUGCGAUUAGACGGUGUGUAUGACAACAAAAAGGUCAGGAGUGAUGAGAUUAGGUCGCUUUAUUCGACAUCACCUCCAUAUAGAGGUGCACAGGUUAAUUAUAGAAGCGCUGGGCCGGGGCUUUGUUUCCCAAAAGGUCUCUGCCCUGCUAUCACAGUCCAUCUGACUGACACGCAAACAGCGCGGGCUCCAUGAACCCCUAUAAAAGACACACCAGGCUGAGGAGACGUUAGACCAUCUUUCAAACCAAGAAGGACCUCUGAGAAACAUUUUCAGUACCUCAAACUUUCACUCUCAUCAUCGUCCUCAUGUGUAAAGCUGCAGUUCUCACGCUCGCCCUGCUGGUGGCGCUGCUGGGCAGCGCUCAGGCCACAGACGGACACCCCAUGUACGGAGUGAAGCUGUGCGGCAGAGAGUUCAUCCGGGCGGUCAUCUUCACCUGUGGAGGCUCGCGCUGGAGGAGAUCUCUGGAUGUCUCAGGUGACCUGUCCAGUGAUCUGCUCUCCAUUCAUGAUGACGAGGCCUCUGACACCUGGGCCGCCAACCCCAUCCUCCCUGGACUGUCAUACAGACCCCGUCCCGACUCAGAGGCCCUCCCCUGGGCCGGAGAGGGUCAGGAGAGCCCCUUGUUCAGCCGCCCCGCACGCUCCCUCAUCUCAGAGGAAGUGCUAGAGGCCUUACGCACGUCAGACAGGAAGGGACGGGAUGUGGUGGUCGGGCUGUCCAACGCCUGCUGUAAAUGGGGCUGCAGUAAGAGCGAGAUCAGCUCGUUAUGUUAAAGGACUGUGUGAUCCCAUUUCUCCACCCUUACUCGUCUUCUACUUCCAUUCCAGCCUUCCCAUAUGUGAAGAAUGAAGCUUGCUGAAGGUUGUUUCUAUAAAAUAGUGAAAAUAUUUGUGUCAGAUGUGUAGGAAUAGCAGAUUUUAGCCAAAGUGAAGAGUCUGUUUGUUACUGUGUUCAAAACCUUUUCUUCAUCUCUGUCCUUGUGAUGUUCUUGUAUGGUCAUUGAUUUAAUAACAGCAGACUGGAAUAAAGUUUUGAUUGCGAUAGA